GUUACGCCCCCAUUAGAAUGUGUUCAACAGAGAGAGCAAAACAUAGAAGUUCCGCGAGUAUCGCCUUUUCUGUGGCAAAUCUGCAAUGAACUCUCUACUUAGAGGAUUUUUCAAUCAAUCUGGCCUCCUGUUACGGCAAAUGAGUACGCCGGCCCUGCCGUCUUUUGUGAGGACACCUUUGCUCAGCAUCGCUUCCAAAAUGCAGUUCUCGACCACAAACGCAUUAGGAAACAUCAGAUGCCACUUCCCGAGGCCCAACGAGGCCAAAAGAAUCCGCAGGCACGGCUGGAAGAAGCGAAUGUCCACCCUCAAUGGCAGGAAAAUCUUAAUGAACAGGAUCCUAAAGGGAAGGUUUGUUCUCAGCCAUUGAAAAAUCGAGCGACUGAAGUGCCCUUAUAGAUAUGAACUUAAAAGUGCAGCAGCCGAAUGAUUUACAUAUAUGUUCCCGUAGUGCUACUAGCAGAAUUUCCAACAAGCUAAUUGUCACUGAAAUUAUCUUAAAGGAAGCCGAAUAAAAACUCAAGUUUAAGGCAA